UUCUAAUUCUUAUAAAAAAUUAUUUCCAUUUUCUUUUCUCUCCAUCCGCAUUUAACAACCAGCAAAGGUCUUUCAUUUCCACAUGUCAGAAGCGGCCGAUAUAGACACCCAACUGUCCCAGCUGUCAGCAGAACUGGACGAGAUAGAGAAGGACAUUGUCCUGCUCAGCCAAUUCAGCGGCAGCCGCAACGAACACCGGCAAUUCGCCGACUCUGUCCGCGACCAACAGCGCACAGCCGAGCGUCUAAUAGAGCGCGCCCUGAUAAAUCUGGACGACAUACAAGAGGCCAAACUAAAAUCAAAAGUCCAAGCGACGAUAUCCCAGCAACAAAACAGGACCAAGAACCUGCAGCGAGCCUUCCGAACGGCACUUCUCCAGUACCGCGCCAAUGUAGCGGGGUCAGUGAAACGGGACCGCGAGCUAUUGCUCAGUGGCGCAGCAACACCAGCGGAGCUGCGCAAACGCAAGGUGCGCACAGGCAAUGCUGUGCUUAAUGUUGCAGCAGAUGUGACUUCGGCGUUGCAGGAGACUGUGAGCAUGAUGAAUGAGGAGAUUGACAAGAGCGUCGGCAAUACCAUGGCUCUUCAGGACUCGUCAGACAUGCUGAAAAAGACAAAGUCCGAGUACUUGACUAUGGACGGCGUGCUGAAGACGUCAAAGAAUCUGAUCAAAGCUUUAGAGCAGGCGGAUGCCAUGGACCGAUGGCUGAUGCUUGGAGGCCUGGUCCUGUUUGUUGCCGUGUCCUUCAAUAUUCUCCGCAAGCGUAUUUGGAUUCCUGGGUUGUCGAGCUUGUUCAGCGUGCUCAAGUACUUCUUGUUCAGCAACAGCAGCAGCAGCAAUAGCAACAUCGACAUUACUGAAAAGAUAGCUGCUGUAACGACGACCUCUGUGGAUAUCAGCAAAAUUGGACACAGCCUCAAGGACUUGCCACUGGCUAUGCUCACAGCAACGCUAACGUCCGCUGUGGUGAUAGCCGCAGCCGCAGUGCCGUCAGGUGCCCAGACCAAAAGCAUUGUUAUAGAAAACAUCCCAGCAGAAACUGAGUCUUCGGUCAGCCUAUUGUCAGUAUCCGCCUACUUAUUGCCUGUUGAACCUGCAGACAAUAGCGAGCAGCAGCAACAGCAGCAACAAUCGGAACUCGCAGGCAGUACAGUCACGCUAAGCCUGGAGAUGGCCCAGUUUUUGAUAGACCAGCUGCCUAUACCAGAGCCAACACCAGAGCCAAUACCAGAGCCAACGCCCACUGGGUCACCAAUCGAACCCGACAAGCAGAAUAUUUCCGCGUCUGUGGAGUCAACAACCCAGGCCAACAGAAUAUUAGUUGAUGAUGUUGAGCAGCCAGCAAACGUGGAUACAACUUCAGAGGCUGCUGAACAUGCUGAAUCUCUGCAAAACCCAGAAGCACAGGUUGAGGAACCAAACCCCCACCACAUUAUAUACACUUUGCCUGUCGAGCGUCCUGUUCGCGAGGAGCUUUAGCUGCUUACAAAGCAUGAAGAAUAAAUAUUUAAUUUCUACUCUACUCGACUUUUUUAUUGUUGCGCAUCACAUGAAUACCCUUCAUUUAGCCAUACUCAAGUUACC